UUCCCAGAAAGCUUUGCGGCAGCUCAGCGUUGCUGAACGCUAAGAUGCUAAGCUACUUCUGUAAUCAGUCAGCCUGCAGCUAAAAGCGCUCACCGACUGUUGGACUACUCUCUUCCGGUCGGAGUAUUGUUCGUCCUUUAAGGGGUAACGUGCUUUCCCCCCCUACCUAAUUCGCAAGGAAACAUGCUAUUGCAGCAUUUUUUCUCGAGGUUUAAAUUACAAAUUUAAGGUUAGCCACUAAAUGUCAGCCACGUAUUGUCAAUCUGUCAUCAAGUCUGUCACGUAUGGCACAUCUGUCGCGGAGCAGAAAGCAACCGCCUACCUAAAUGAUGUCUAAUUUGAACCUUUCAAGCCACUAACCUUGUCCGAACUUUGGAAUUUAAACAGUAAAUUGGCUGAAUUGCCUGUUUUGUGUAUAUGUAGGAAGCUAGCGCUAGCAUGUCAUUGCGUGUUUGUGACACAUCGUAGUUAAUGUUGACUAAAGUUUGACAGAGAAUGGCACAUGGUAACUAUGUGUUACUUAUGGUGUAUGGAUUUUAUGCAUCAUUAGUGUUUUUGGACUUUGAUGGGAUGUUUUAACAUUUAAACUCUAGUCUUUUAGGGGUUUCCAUUAAGCAAUCCUACUUGGCUAGCAACCCAAACCAGUUAAACAAUGUUAGAUAUAUCGGUCAGUAACCUGACGAAUAAUUACCGAUACACGUUGUAUAUUUCAGAGUGCAUUUUCAGCUAAUAUGCUGUCAUGAUCAUGUGAGCAGUUUAUGAUUCGUCGAGCAUUUGCGUUUUCUUCCUCGUGUGUUUUUUAUUCGAGCACAUUAGCAACAAAACCUUUAUUUUUGGACAUUUUUCUGAUCCAUAUGGACUAAGAAGUGGCUAGCCUCAUUCUGAUUUGCAAUCUAUUUCCAGAAAUGCUUAAGACAUCUUAAGUUACAGGUUACUAUCACAACUGCGCGUGUGCGGUAAUUAGGUCCCAUCUUUGGAAGCUAUAGGAUUAUAAUGGUGGAUUUACUCACUGAGAAAAUCUUGUAAAAUUAAUGCCAUUGGCAUUCCUGACUUUUCCACAGACAUUUGCAUUUUGUUAUUUUAUUGAAAUUCUUUGUACAUUUUUGCUUAUUUGUAAUGCUGCAUUUACCUAAAUCUUUUUUCCCAGCAGCUGAAGAGAAAAUUGGUGCUGGUGAUUAAGGACAGGCACUGCCCAUGCUGCCACAGUAGAUAUGCAGUCAUUAUGCCGCUGAGAGCAGGAUAGCGUUUGUCUCAUUAUAAUUCCUGGAGCUGCUUUGGGGCAGAGCUGAGGCUUGAUUAAAAAAAUCUGCUGGUACUGCUCUCAGCCAAGCGGAUCUUUUUUCUCAGCUUGUUCCUUUGCACCGCUAAUGCUCGGUGUGCAAACUGUUGUGGUACACAAGGACAUUUGAGCUAAAGGGUGUUUACUCUGGCUCUGCUGGAGGAUUAGACUUUGCUGUGAGAGUGGGGACUGGACCAGUUAAGCAGGCCCACAUUAACAACAAUCAUGCAGCAGGAACACUAGUCUCCCUGUUUGACCUCCGUCUGCAUUGGACUUUUUUUCUCCUCUUUUUUUCUGCAAUCUUAUCGAUAUGAAUGGUUGAGGACAAGGGCCACUUUGAAAUAGCCCCCUGGUGGAUGUGGUUUGGCCUGAUUCAACAGACUCCUUGCCAGCUAUUGCUCCUUCUCCACUACCACUACUGCUGUAGCUCCCAUCAGUGGUUCCCAAUAAGAUUAGUGGAGGCUGCAGGCAUCACAUGAGUGAGACUAAACAUUUUAAAUUGCUGUGGAUGUAAGAUUUUCAUUUUUCACUUCGGUGCUGUUGAGGAUUUUGAUCCAACUUUUUUUUUUACUUUUGUGAAAGCAAAACUAUCUGCUGUCAACGUCUGUUUUAACCUUUUUUUUGGAGACAUUUUUAAUUCUGCAAAGAAGAUUGCUUCAUAGGAGAAUGAAGCUGAGGAAACAGGUGACUGUGUGUGGAGGAGCCAUAUUCUGUGUGGCAGUGUUCUCACUCUACCUGAUGUUGGACCGAGUCCAGCAUGACCCUGCACGGCGACAGAGUGGGGGGAAUUUUCCACGGAGCCAAAUCUCAGUCCUGCAGAACCGGAUAGAGCAGCUGGAGCAGCUCCUGGAAGAAAAUCAUCAAAUUAUCAGCCACAUAAAGGACUCUGUGAUGGAGCUGACAGACACAGGAGCUGUGUCUCCCAGUGGCCACCUGCCAUUUAAAAGUGCCAAUGGAUCCUGGGUCCUACCCUUUGAUGGCCAUCCCACUUUCCUCGCCGUAAAGCCUCAGGAUUGCCAGUUUGCUGUGGCAAGUCGUGCUAAAACAGACGUUCAGAUGCUGGAUGUGUACUCCCUGCUAAAGUUUGAUAACCCUGAUGGUGGUGUAUGGAAGCAGGGCUUUGACAUUACUUACGAACCGGACGAGUGGGACAACGAACCGCUACAAGUAUUUGUUGUCCCCCACUCUCACAAUGAUCCAGGUUGGGUCAAGACUUUUGACAAGUACUUCACAGACCAGACGCAACACAUUUUGAACAACGUGGUCGUGAAGCUGGCCGAGGAUCCUCGCCGGAAGUUCAUCUGGUCUGAGAUUUCCUUCUUCGCCAAGUGGUGGGAGACUGCAGACGUGUACAAACAGGAGGCCAUGCGAAAGCUAAUCCUUGGAGGACAGAUGGAGAUGGUGACCGGAGGCUGGGUGAUGACGGAUGAAGCCAACGCUCACUACUUCGCCAUGAUUGACCAGCUCAUCGAAGGGCAUCAGUGGUUGGAAAGAAAUCUAGGUAUAACUCCUAUCAGCGGGUGGGCGGUGGACCCGUUUGGUCACAGCGCCACCAUGCCUUAUCUCCUGAAGAGGGCCAACCUGACCAGCAUGCUCAUCCAAAGGAUCCACUACUCAAUUAAAAAACACUUUUCCUCCACCCGCAGUCUGGAGUUUAUGUGGAGGCAGGCAUGGGACACCGGGUCGAGCACGGACAUGUUUUCCCACAUGAUGCCCUUUUAUAGCUACGAUGUGCCUCACACCUGUGGACCCGAUCCGAAGAUCUGCUGUCAGUUCGACUUUAAGAGAUUACCCGGCGGUCGCAUCAACUGUCCCUGGAAAGUGCCUCCAAAAGCAGUGGUGGAGGCCAACGUGGCAGAAAGAGCACAGCUGCUUUUGGAUCAGUACCGUAAAAAGUCGAAACUCUACCGCAGCAAGGUGCUGCUCGUUCCUCUCGGAGACGACUUCCGCUACGACAAAGCCCUGGAGUGGGAUCAGCAGUACAUCAAUUACCAGAAGCUGUUUGACUACAUGAAUUCUCACCCCGAGCUGCACGUUCGGGCUCAGUUUGGGACUCUCACAGAUUACUUUAGUGCGUUGUACAAGGCUUACGGAGUGGCUCCAGGAUCUCGACCAGGGGACUUCCCUGUGCUCAGUGGAGAUUUCUUUGCCUACGCGGAUCGGGAAGACCACUACUGGACUGGUUAUUACACCUCUCGCCCCUUUUACAAAAGCCUGGACCGUGUGAUUGAGUCGCAUCUCAGGGGGGCGGAGAUCCUCUACAGCCUGGCGGUGGCAAACGCUCGCCAUGCAGGGAUGGAAGGACGCUACCCUGUCUCCGACUACGCCCUGCUCGUUGAUGCAAGACGGUCAGUCGGCCUCUUCCAGCACCACGACGCCAUUACUGGCACCGCAAAGGAGAAUGUCGUCAUCGACUACGGCACCAAAUUGCUACGAGCACUCAUCGGUUUGAAGAGAGUCAUCAUCAAUGCUGCUCAUUUCCUGGUGAUGAAGAACAAAGAGUUUUAUCGCUUCUACCAGACAGAGCCCUUUCUGGAGACGGAUGACAGACGUGCUACUCAAGACUCUCUGCCUCAGCGCACCUUAAUCGAGCUGGACCCAGCAGGGCCGAGGUACUUGGUUCUGUUCAACCCCAUCGAGCAGGAGCGUCUGUGCACGGUGACAGUGUUGGUGAACACGAUGCGGGUACGGAUGCUCACUGAGGACGGACAGACUCUCCCGGUGCAGCUGAGUCCUCAGUGGAGCUCUGGGACUCAAAUGAGUGCCGAAGUGUUUGAGGCAACAUUCAUGGUGCGUUUGCCGGCUCUUGGUCUGGCGGUUUUCCAUCUCUACGACUCCGCGGACUCGCCCAUGACCUUCCGCUCCGACAUCGUUCUCAGGCUGCCUAGUCAGAGCAUCACCGCUCGGGCCCUGGAUCCACUUCCUGUCCGCUCUCAGCCGGCUGACUCUCAGACCUUCUACAUCAGCAGUCAGACGCUGACGCUGGGUUUCUCUGGAACCACCGGGCUGCUGGAGAGCAUCAAGCGGAAGGAUGAUAACCUAGAAGUGAAGGUUCACAUGCAGUUCAUGGUCUACGGUACGCGUCCUUCCAAAGACAAAAGUGGAGCUUACCUCUUCCUGCCAGAUGGGAAAGCAAAGCCAUACAACCAGAAGGAGCCACCUGUGGUGCGCGUGGCUGAAGGGCCUCUCUUCUCUGAAGUGGUGGCACAACACCAGCACUUCCAACAGACCGUCCGCAUACACAAUGUGCCAGGGGUGGAAGGUUUAUCAGUAGACAUGACCACAAUGGUGGACAUCAGAGAUCAGACCAAUAAGGAGCUGUCCAUGCGACUGGUCACCAGCAUUCAGAGUGGAGAUGUCUUCUACACGGACCUAAACGGCUUCCAGAUUCAGCCCCGCCAACACCACCCAAAGCUUCCGUUACAGGGUAACUUCUAUCCGAUGCCCAGCCAGGCAUACAUCCAGGACAGCCGCCACCGCCUCACGCUGCACACGGCCCAGGCUCUGGGUGUUUCCAGUCUGGAGAGCGGUCAGCUGGAGGUGAUUCUGGACCGGCGCCUGAUGCAGGAUGAUAAUCGGGGGCUGGGUCAGGGUCUGAAAGAUAACAAGAAGACAGCAAACCGUUUCCGACUGCUGCUGGAAAGGAGGUCUCCCGGCAACAAGCAUGAUGGCUUCUUUGCCAAACUCUCGUCCUUGUUUCAUUCUUUCAUCUCUAAAAUGUUGAGGGAAGGAGUUCAUGAGAUGGACAGCACAACUACAAGCUUCCCGUCUACGGUGAGUCACAUGACCGACGCCCUCCUCAACCAUGACGUCUUGGCGCUGCCUGUUCUGCCCAAAAGACGAGGCGUCCCUCCUCUUCAGACCUUUGCCCCGCUUAAGUCCGUCCUCCCCUGUGAUUUCCACCUGCUCAACCUGCGGAGCAUUCAGAGCCAGCAGGAUCCCCAGUCUCCGUCUCAGUACACCGCCUUGAUUUUACACCGCCUGGCGCUGGACUGUGGCUUUGAGGCUCAGAACCUCGGCUUCAACUGCACCACCACCGAAGGACAGCUGACUGUAUCGAGUCUCUUCAAGAACCUGGACCUGCAGCUACUCCAGCCCAUGUCCCUGACUCUGAUGCACUCUAGCACACCUCUGGCCAACGACUCCACCAUCAGCCUGGACCCCAUGGAGAUCUCCGCCUACAAGAUCAAACUGCGCUAAGAGCCGACCUGAGUAAAAAAAGCACGUCGGACUCCUUGGACCAAAAACCAAGCCGGCCAAAUCCUGGGUUUGUCUGGGUUGUUGAGCAGAACCACAAACACUACGGCUCGCAGCAGCAGGGGUUCGCUGUAACAGGACUGGCUGCACAGCAAGGGGUGGGCGAUCGCUGUUAUCACAGAUGUGGGGGAGCGCAACACAAUCCAGGUGUAUUAGCAGCUGUUCCAGCCCUGGAAGGACUGCCAGAAUCGCUCAUCAGAUCCAGCUGGGUGUGUGUGUGUGUGUCUGCAAUCAGAAAUGAAAUUUUUCUUUUGUAAGAACUUUUCUAUCUCUGUUCCAUCCUGGACGAAACUUCUGAAUGUAAAUAUCUCAAACAACGGAGGCGGGGACGGGCGCCUCGCUGGUGCAAUUCACAAAGCUUUAUCAGCCGUAAGGAGUUGAUUAGAUAUAUUUUUACUUCAAACGAGGGGGGAAUGGAUCAUGUUUUUUUUUUGUUUUUUUACCAAUCAGUCUGUUUACCGUUUUUUUGUUUUGGAAAGACUUGAAUGCAGCGGAUCGAAUGUGUGCUCAUCAUGAAAGCGAAGCUGCGAAUUCUUGAGGCGUCUAAUCAUCAAUCAUAAAGGACGACUCCUCCCCUCCUGUCCUCUGUCGCUGCUUGUAGAUGGUCUGAGAUUUUCUGCUGUCCCGUUCCUUCCUGUUUGCUGAUGAGACGCCUGUCGGGAGAUGCCAUCGGUCAUGUCUGAGAGGGUUUAUGUAGCAAAUAUGUAUGCAAAGAUUAGGCUGACAUCCACGCACAGAGGAUAUAACGGCGUUUAAGUCUAAAAAGUGAAAUGAGAUUUAUUAUAUUGGGUGUUUCAGGGACCAGUGGGUUAUUGAUAGAUGUGUGUGUGUGUGUGUGUGUGUGUGUGUGUGUGUGUGUCACCAAGUUGUGGAAUGUUUCACAAACGGGUCAGUCACUCAAAAUUGCAAAAACAUCAAUUUCUUGCCUUUAUCGGCUGGUUCAGUUUGCUAUGUUCUAGAUGACGGGAUGAAAAUGAUCAACUCUAGCAGGUGCGUUAUGAUCCUUUUUGAUUUUAAGAAAUAUUUUUGAGCCUCUUAGCAAAAUAUCUUUAAUAAUUUCUUUUUUCACAUUUAUUCUGCUUCAAAUUCCAAACCCAGAUGCUCAUUUAUAUAGAAAAUGAGCAAAGAGGUCUUUUUUAUAUUUGCUUAAUAAGCCACAGCUCAUAAGCACCAAAUCCAAAUCAGACCUAAUACUAGUGUUGACUUAUUCAGAGGUUCAGGGUCAUUUCUUCUGCGCUGCCCGUUUGUUCCAUUUCUUUAAUCUACGCAGAAACAAUCCCACCAAAAAGAGGAUUUCUCCAAACUACGGGUUGCUUCUAAUCAUUCCCACUAAAGUUGAGGGUUUUUCUUCACAUCGGAGUGUCAUUUUGAUUAACUGACCCAAUAAUAAUCGGUCGAAUCGAACCACGAGCAGGGAUCCUCGGCACAGAGGAAAGUAAUUUUGUAUUUCUGAACAAGCUGCAGUUUGAGCUCCGCAGUGUUCUUUACCUCAGGGCUGUCUUCAGGCUCUGUCUGCCACUUACAGCUGCUGGGGUGUGUGUGUGUGUGUGUGUGUGUGUGUGUCGUUAUGUCUGAAGUCUAGGUCGAGCUUUGAGCUGCACAGCCAUCCCUCCCUACUAUCGACAUGCAUACCCUACUCCCUCGUUCAUAUCUUCAUAGGUCCGUGGCUUUGCUGCUGUCCUCGUCUGACCUACGAUAAGUCCCCCCCCCCCCCCCCCCUUCCAGCUGUGGUUAACAUCUGCUAGCCCAGACUCAACACCUUUUGAUUUGCACUGUCUGCUGACGUCAUAUAAGUGAUUCCCGUUGUGCUGUUUGUUCAGAUGUAACAUGAAGGCAGGCUUUUCUCUGUUGAGGUGGUGGUGGGGUGCAAAAUAAAUGAGGUGAGAAUAAUAAGAAUAAAUAAAUCAAAACACUCA